CUUCCAAAAAAGAAAAACCCUCUCUCUCACUACAAUCUCUCUUUCUCUCUCUCUCUCAUAUUUAAAAAAGAAGCAUAUAUCUCUCUCACUACAACUCAUCAAUAUUUCUAUCUUUAUAAUUGUUGUGUGUGAGUUGUUGUUGUUCUUAAUUAAUGGGUGGGAUGGAGCAAAACAACGUGAUCGCACCGUUCGUUAUGAAGACUUACCAAAUGGUUAACGAUCAAACGACUGAUAAUCUCAUCAAGUGGGGCCCAGCUAACAACAGUUUCAUCGUCCUCGACCCACUUGAUUUCUCUCACUCACUCCUUCCUGUGUUUUUCAAACACAACAACUUCUCUAGCUUCGUUAGACAACUCAACACCUACGGAUUCAGAAAAGUGGAUCCGGAUAAAUGGGAAUUUGCGAACGAGUGGUUUUUAAGAGGACAAAAGCACUUAUUGAAGAACAUAGCUAGGAAAAAGCACGUUGGUGGAAAGAUUAAUAAUAGUAAUUAUAAUUAUUUUAAUGAUGUAAAGUUUGAGGAUUUAGACGAAGAUGAAGCUAUGGUGACGGAAAUAGCGAAGCUAAAAGAAGAACAAAAAACAUUGGAAGAAGAACUUCAAAGGAUGAAUAAUCGAUUAGAAACAACAGAGAAACGACCACAACAAAUGAUGGCUUUUCUAUGUAAUGUCGUUGAAGAUCCUCAAAUUUUGUCUAGAAUUCUUGUUGAGAGGGAGAAAGAGAAGGUUAUUGAUAAGAAAAAACCACGGUUGAUAUUGCCGGAGACGGCGGCGAUGACGGCGGCGACGACAUCGACUUCUUCUUCAUCUUCCGGCAUGGCGGUGGUGAAUUCCGUGAAGACGGAGUUCGAGGAAGACGAGGUGACGGUUGCUUAUAAUAUGAUGUCGUUGUCGCCGGAGACGGGUUUUGAAAUUGAUUAUUUCCGCCGUGAGCCGCCACCGGCGGUGGCGCCGGUGGUUGGUUGGUGGGGGCAGACUCAGAUUGGGCAAAUGGGUUAUGGAUGUGAUAGCACGGUUGCUCCGACGCCGUUGACGGUGGUGUCGCCGGCGGCGGCACCGGAAUUGGGACGUGUGGGAAUAUUUAGUGAAAUGGCGGCGGAGAAUAAUUCGUUGCCACCUUAUCCUUUUUCAUUAUUGGAAGGUGGGUUUUAGCUUAUAGAUUUAAUGGAUUUGGUUUCAUAAAAUUUUAUCUUGGAUUCUAUAUUUUUGUAUUAAAAAGAAAAUAUCGUUUUCUCUUUUUCAAUUUUGUUAGUUAUUAUACUCUUUGUAAUAUUUUUCUGUUCUCCUUUUCUUUUAUUCCCAGUUUUGUGUAAAGAGAAAAACAAGAUACAAAAUAGAAACCAUUUAGAUAUUGUGUUUUGUUUUUUA